AUGUUUGUUUCGCAUUUGCUUUCAGAAGAUAAUAUCUGUCAACCAUGUAAAGAACCCGAUACAUUCGAAGGUCUUGUAGACAGCUUUUGCCGUGCCGGGGCAGUGUUCCGUGUAACGGUGGACAGUGUGAACGCAGAAAAUGGCUACCUACGAGUGAAUUUCAUGCGGAAGAAGCGAGCGUACAAACGUGGUUCGCUGGUGAAGAAACAGAUCCGAAAAUUAGCUGGUUACAUUCCGGUGACCAACAAAUGCGACUGUGCUAAGAACAAUGCUUCUUUGAUCGCUCCAAAGAAGAGGCUUCUAGUGAUGGGCCGCAUGGAGCAAGAUAAAUUCCUUCUUUUUUUCGUUAGUCCAUAUCAGAGAAAAUCGGAAGGUUUCCGAGCGGCGACGAAAAUGUGGAAGAAAGAUAACCCAUGCAAAUCGUGGGCCAUACCGGAUGUGUAUAACCGGGACAAGACAGAGAAAAAGGAGAAGAACAAAACGGAUAAAAAGAGGAACAGGAACGACAAGAAGAAUCGCAAGAAGAAGAAGAAGAGGAGGAAGAAGAAGGGAUCGAAGAAGAGGAACAAGGAUAGAAAGAAGUCGAAAAAAGGCAAUGAAGUAUCUCCUCCCUCUCAGUGAUCUGAAGUCGACAUUUUAUAAUGGGGGUCCAUCAAGUUGAGUUACAUGUAUGUGUAUACAUAUAUGUGUAUAUGAUGUAUGUAUCUGUGCAAUUACAUACAUAUAUAUACACAUAUACAUAUAUAUAUAUAAAUACAGAUGUACAUAUACACAUAUACA